GUGUAGAAGUCGACAUCGUCGGAUCAACCAUGUCCUCUACGACGACAAAACUCUUAGUAGGGGCAAUCUUCACUUUAGUGCCAAUCAACGCCUCUCUCAGGACCAAUGUUAUCAUUACUGGCACUACAAUGCGACCCAAAUUUGUGCGGCAAGAAGGGAAAAGCUCUUUGGAGUGUCCGGUGGAUCACCCUUGGGCUUUUGAUUAUGGACUUAAGUGCUGCAAAACUUACAAAGGUUUGAGUCGAAAUCAAGACCUACGGUACGAACAUUCCAGCUCAUCUUGUGAGAAUGACAAAUGGGUCACUUGCCCUGAUAGGGAACGCCGAUGUCGUUCCAGGGUAGAUCCAGUUACUUGUCCAGAAUCCUAUCCUUUGGGUUUGAUCGAGGAGGGUUGUUGCGAAAGUAUAGUAUCCCGAUAUGAUCCAGACGCCAAUCCGUCAUGUUUAGGGGGUAUAUUAGAUCCCUAUUCGUCCCCCACGUGUUGCUCUAAACUCUUUGAGGUGAACCUUUGCACUGAAAGGAGGCAAAAAUGCCUCAGUUCUACAGGUUUGUCGAAGAAGAUUAACCUCACCAUUUUAGACGAAACCACGCUCUAUGGCACCCUGUACGCUCGCUAUGCUUUAACUGACUCAAAGUGUGACAAAAUUUAUAACAAUUAUUGGGUUGCCUCAGGAAAGGGGAGAUACUUUAUCAUAGAUUAUGGUUAUCACAUCGUUCCGAAGAAAGUCAUUUUAAGAAAUGGUCACAAUGCCGGUUAUAAUGACAGAGCCACUCGAAACUUCAAGAUAUAUGGUUCAGACAUCGUACCCCCAUCAAAUCAAGAGCCUUGGGCCGAAUGGAUCGAAAUGGCUGAAGGGUCGUUUCCACAUCCGAACACUUUUGGAUUCAAGUUGUGUCGAGUUCCAUUAACCACCAUAAACUUCAAUUCGUCAAGACAACUCAGAUAUUUCAAGUUUCAUGCUGUUACAUUUUUUGGUUAUGGAGCAAGUCUACAAUAUAUUGGAAUAUUUUAAGGUC